CGGGCACCAUGGCGGCCGCCCUGGGCGCGGGCGGAGGAGCGGGCGCCGGAGAUGAUGACUUUGACCAGUUUGAUAAGCCUGGUGCAGAGCGGUCCUGGAGAAGAAGAGCUGCUGAUGAGGAUUGGGACAGUGAACUUGAAGAUGACUUACUUGGAGAAGAUUUGUUGUCUGGCAAAAAGAAUCAGUCGGAUUUGUCAGAUGAAGAGCUGAAUGAUGAUCUUUUACAGAGUGAUAAUGAAGACGAGGAAAAUUUCAGUUCUCAAGGUGUCACAAUUAGUCUCAAUGCCACCUCUGGCAUGGUUACAUCGUUUGAGCUGUCUGACAACACAAAUGACCAAUCUGGAGAACAAGAGUCUGAGUACGAACAAGGAGAGGAUGAAGUAGCCUACCACAAACCUGACGGACGAGAAUUGUAUGCUCAGGAAUACACAGAGGUAGGACAGUAUGAAGGCCACGGUACAGAAUUAACCGAAGACCAAAUAGAGUAUGGGGAAGAGCCGGAGGAGGAGCAGCUGUACAGUGAUGAAGUGCUGGACAUCGAAAUCAAUGAGCCUUUAGAUGAAUUUACAGAUGAAGAAUACUUGCAGGCUUAUGGUGGGCACCAAAGGCUGCGAGCACAGGAAGACUGUGCGGCUGAAGAUGACUUAGAUGAGAUUACUGAUCCCCAGGUUGCUCCUGAGACCCACGAGGGAGGUAUGGAAACCCUGGAACUGCAGAAGGAUAUUAAAGAAGAGUCAGAUGAAGAAGAUGAUGAUGAUGAAGAAUCUGGUCGAUUACGUUUUAAAACUGAAAGAAAAGAAGGAACAAUUAUUAGGCUCUCAGAUGUAACUAGAGAGAGGAGGAACAUUCCAGAAACUUUGGAGCUUUCAGCAGAAGCCAAAGCUGCAUUGCUUGAAUUUGAAGAACGAGAGAGACAGCAUAAACAAGGACGCUAUGGUUCCCGGAGAGGAGGAAGACGAGGAGGCUCUCUGAUGGGCCGUGGAGUGGGAGACCAGAGGCGAGAGAGCAAUGAGAGGGGAAGGAUGAAAGACCACAGGCCAGCCCUGCUUCCUACGCAGCCCCCUGUCCUGGCUCACUCUCCGAGGCUAAUCCCUCCUCCACAGCCACCUCCACCCCCGCCCCCACCCCCACCCCAGCAGCAGCCAAUCAGAAGUCUGUUCCAGCAGCAGCAGCUCCAGCCCCUGCUCCCCCUGCAGCACCCCCACCACCCCUCCCCGCCACAGGGUGUUCACAUGCCCCCGCCAAUGGAGGCUCCGAGGAUGAUGCUUGCCCCACCCCCCGUGACCCCGCAGCAGCCCAAGAACAUCCACAUCAACCCGCACUUCAAAGGCACCGUGGUGACCCCUGUUCAAGUGCCGUUGCUGCCAGUUCCGAGCCAGCCGAGGCCUGCUGUGGGACCACAGAGAUUCCCAGGCCCCCCAGAAUUUCCACAGCACACACCUGGACCUGUGCCCAACAGUUUCAGCCAGCCCCCCCGACUUCCUCUGCAGGACCAGUGGAGAGCCCCACCCCCACCCCAGGAUCGAGACCCUUUCUUCUUGGGAGUUUCAGGUGAACCGAGGUUCCCCAGUCAUCUUUUCUUGGAACAGCGAAGUCCUCCUCCACCGCCGCCUCCUCCCACACUACUGAACAGCAGCCACCCUGUUCCUGCUCAGAACCCCUUACCAUUCACUCAGCCGGGACCAGCAUUCAAUCAGCAAGGACAGCAGCCAGUGUUCCCGAGAGAAAGGCCCGUAAGGCCAGCCUUGCAGCCCCCAGGUCCAGUGGGGAUCCUGCACUUUAGCCAGCCAGGGUCAGCAGCCUCUCGGCCUUUCAUUCCUCCUAGACAGCCGUUUCUGCCCAGCCCUGGACAGCCCUUCCUGCCCUCACAUGCGCAGCCCAGCCUGCAGGGGCCUCUGCACCCUCCAUUGCCACCUCCUCAUCAGCCGCAGCCCCAGCAGCCCCAGCAGCAUCAACACCAGCCUCCACACCAGCCCCCGCUGCAGCCACCACACCAGCCCCCUCCACCGCACCAGCCCCCUCCGACGCACCAGCCUCCUCCACAGCACCACCAUCACCUCUCUGCUCCCCCGCCUCCCUUGAUGCCCAUGUCUCAGCCACAGUUCCGGCCGCACGUGCAGACUGCCCAGCCUCAGCCCAACAGCAGUCGGAUGCAGUGUGCCCCACGCCAGGGCCUGCGCCACAAUGCAGCCUCUCAGAAUGUAACCAAACGGCCCAUGCAGCAGAUGCAGCCCACAGCUCCCAGAAACAGUAAUUUGCGCGAAUUACCCAUAGCACCAUCGCACGUUAUGGAAAUGAGCAGCAGUCGGUGCUCCUCCACGCCUGCGGCUCAGGUGAAGCCCAUGGUCAGCACAUCCCCACCCUCCCGGGCCUCCGUGACCUCCAGGAGCUCACAGGGAAAGACAGAAGCCAAGGUCAAGCCUAUUAGCCCUGGGGCUCAACCAAAGGAAGAAGCAAAAGCAGAACCCGAGUUUCCUGAUGAAGAUGAAGAAACAAGGUUAUAUCGCUUAAAGAUAGAAGAGCAGAAGCGCCUGAGAGAAGAAAUCUUGAAACAGAAGGAGCUACGACGACAGCAGCAGGCUGGUGCCAGGAAGAAGGAGCUGCUGCAGAGACUUGCACAGCAGCAGCAGCAGCAGCAACAACUGUAUGCUCCACAGGCUCCCAUGGAGCAAGAGGAGCAGGCGGCCGCACCCUCACCCACCAAUGGUAACCCCCUGCUGCCUUUUCCAGGUGCCCAGGGCAGGCAGAAUGUGAAAACGAGACUUCUUGUUAAAAACCAAGAUGUUACCAUUGCAAAUGUUCAGCCGAAGACAUCAGACUUUGCCCCAUGCGGUGCUAAUGCGCAGUAUCCAGGACAGCAGAUGAAACCACUGAAGCAGUUGAGGCCUGCUAGAACAGUCCCUCAGAGUCAGGCCCAGUCGCCGCACAGAGUACUCCAGAUCAAACCUGUGGACGUGGAGGAGCAGCUCCCCCAACAGGUGCCCCGAGCAGCACCCCUCCAAGGCCGGCCACAGGACAUGAAGCCAGGUGUGAAGAGGACUGUCAUGCACAGGGCCGGUGGCGGUGGUGGAGACGGACCGCAUGUCAGCUCCAAAGUCAGGGUGAUCACGUUGUCAGGGGGGCAGGGAGGAGAGAGCGAUGGCUUUUUCCAUCCCGAGACCCAGGCCCAGCGGCUUCCUCAGCCUUCGGAAGUGAGACCGCAGCCCGCCCGCAAGGUGACGCUGACUAAGGGACCCCCCCAGCCACCCCCGCACCUGCCAGCGGGGCCGCACACGCACUCAGCUGUUCCUCCUGGGAUCAAAAGCAUCCAAGGCAUUCACCCGGCCAAGAAGGCUGUUAUGCAUGGACGGGGCCGAGGACUGGCAGGCCCCCUGUGCCGGGGGCGCCUGAUGCCAAAUAAGCAGAACCUGCGGGUGGUGGAGUGCAAGCCGCAGCCCUGUGUGGUGUCCGUGGAGGGCUUGUCUUCAUCUACCACUGAUGCCCAGCUGAAGAGCCUGCUGAUGUCCGUGGGGCCCAUCCAGAGUUUACAGAUGCUUCCCCAGCAGCGGAAAGCCAUCGCAAAGUUCAAGGAGCCAGCCCAUGCGCUAGCAUUUCAGCAGAAGUUCCACAGGCACAUGGUCGACUUGUCUCACAUUAACGUGGCCCUGAUUGUAGAGUGAUUUCCCCAGUCGGGCCUCACACUGCACACACUGUGGAAUUUCCUCCAGGAGGCUGCUGGCCAGCGGGACCCAAGGAGCACAAGUCUCCAGUGCCCAGCCGGCUAACUGUUGUUCGGGACACCAGCCAGCCACAGGGUCAUUCCAGAAGAUCUGAACUGUGGGGAUGUGAUGAGCCAAGUCUGGUGUUAGGUUGCUUCCAGUUCUGUUGUCAGAACUCCAGUCCUCCUUUUCUUUUGUUUUCCAAGUGCUUACAGUGCAUGUAGACCCUGUUCUUGGUGACCUCCUGUGUGAUCCGGCCACAGCAACUUAGGUUCAGGAAGGAACGUCACUGGCACAUGUUUUGAGUGGUUUCCAUAGCAAAGAAUACUUGAUAAUGGUUGCACUUAUCUUCAGUGCAGGCUAGAGCAGAGCUUUGUACCAGGCUUAACUGGAGCUGUUUGCUCAGAAAGCCCUCAAAGGCUCUGCUAAAAACGUAGGAUAAAUUUGGGUGAUUUUGGAUUGGUGUGGGCACGCCCUGGAAAGCAUGGUGUGAGUGGGCGUUGGGGGGGGCGCCAUGGAAGUGGAAGUGGCCAUUCUGCUUCUUGUAAAUGUCUCCCACACGCCAGCAGCGCCUUCCAGAGUCCCAGGUGAGCACUCGCAGACAAACCCGGUGCCGCUGGGCCCAGGGCCCUGCACCCCGGACAGGACAGCUCUGCCGCCUCCAGGCGGUCCUCUCGAGGCCUGGCAGCCUGCCUUGCCCAGUUGAGGUGCAUUUGGAGGGCGGCAGAUCUCCUUUGAGUUUUCUUUUAAAGGCAGCCCUGGGUGGCGUGUCUGUGUUGCCUGCCGGGUGAUGUGCACAGUCACUGCUUUUUUUUUUUUUUUUUAAACUUUUGUUUUAAGGGACAUGCUGUCUGUGGGGGCCAUCACCCAGAAAAAGUGGGUCUGUGCUAGUGGUCCUGGUGGGUGCUUGCAGGUCAGAUGGCUCCAUGUGCUAGAGGACAGCGCGGCACCCACCUGUGCUGCCCGUGGGGGGUCCCAGUGAGGGUGCAGUCCGACAGGGCGUGGCCUCAGCAUCACUCACGUGAUUUCAUAACACACUUAGGAGGGGAUGGAGGGAGCUAGGAGCCUGUGCCCACUUCCUGUCCCUGGUUCGCCCACCGAGGACCGGCCUGAGCCUCGCAGCUCUCCAGAGCCACCGUAGACUCCACGGAGGCAGCGUGGACUGACAGCAGCCGCCCUCUAGAGCUGGCGCGCUGCAGUGUCCGUCAGCAAGGGCACUAUGUUAGGAGAUAGGGAUCCUCCUCGGGGGCCCUGGGCACCUGGCCCCCUGGGACGUGGCCUGGCACUAAUUCUGACUUCCCUGUGUCCGCGGAAUUCUGGGGAGCCAGGAAAUGUCAGCACUUGUGGCAUAUUCUAGAAAACUGCAGCUCUGCUGUCAGCUCUGUUCUAGAAGCCCCUGACUUGCCCCAUGCAGAUACAGACGAGGCCGGCUCUGCAUGCCUGUAACAGGCCCGGGCACUAGGCCAUUCCGUGUGCUGUCAGGGUGACCUGCUGUCGUUAUAGACACAGGUGUGAUCCUAGGUGUAAACAGUUUAUUUGGCUCAGGUCAAGUGGUUGGGUAGCCAUAGGAGCUAGCCCGAGGAGAGCCAGACCACUGCUUACCCACCGGCCUUGGGAAGGCUUAGCAAGGUUCACAGGGUGUCAGAUGGCCCGCCCCAUCUGCAUUUUCUCCCUUGAGAAGUAGGCACUAAAGCAUGGCAGUCAGUGUUAAGGGAACAGGUCCCGUUUGGGUUCCAUUCUCAAGGAUAGACUUUGGAGCUACUCACAGCUUGCUCUUGGCCCCUUGCACAUGUGCUAUAACUGCGCACUCCAGCAGGCAAGCAGCACAUGGGAGCCAGCCCCCACCCAGUCAGACAGCCUCGGUGCACCAUGCACGGCCACAGGGAGUGGGCUCAGGAUAUGUGCAGGCUCAGUCUCCCAGCAGGACACCAUAGCGAAGGAGAGAAGCAGAAUUAGAAAGGAAUGCCUUUCCAUUUCCCGUGCACUUCCACAGUGAAGUCCAGCCACGCACCUGACCUCGUGGAAGAUCUGCUGCAACCAUUAUCUUUGUUCUUUUUUUUUUUUUUUAUCAUGCAUUUGAAAUGAGAUGCAAAAGCAUUGGCAUAUGUAAAUACGGACCUUUUAAAAUUAAAACGUUACUGGAGAUGCUUUCAGCUCAGCAACAUCUUAGCUAUUUGUUAGUUCUUUUGUGUUGUCUCAUCAGAGUUCAAUGGAGACACUUCCGUAAUUGUUGAUGUGUUUGUGUAUACAUUCAAUUUUUAUAAAGAUGGUAGUAAGUCAAUACAUUUA